CUCGUAUGGCGCGCACCACGGCUACAACUCGAGCUUCGAUAGCAGCCAGCAACAGCAGACUCACGCGCAACCCGCCCCGGCCUCAUAUGCGCAGAGCUUUCCCAAUGGCCCCGUGAGCAACCCGGGAUACGCGAGGAGCUUUGGCGACGGCGCCAUGAGCCACAUGCGCCAGUACGAUGAGAAGCCGCAGAUAUAUACUGCUGCCUACUCGGGCGUGUCCGUCUACGAAAUGGAAGUCAGCGGGGUCGCUGUCAUGCGCCGUCGCAGUGACGGAUGGCUCAAUGCGACACAGAUCCUCAAGGUCGCGGGCGUCGAUAAGGGAAAGCGCACCAAGGUCCUCGAGAAAGAAGUCCUCACGGGCGAGCACGAGAAAGUGCAGGGUGGCUAUGGCAAGUAUCAAGGCACCUGGAUCAGCUAUCGCCGGGGUCGUGAAUUCUGCCGCCAAUAUGGCGUCGAAGAUGUCCUCCGACCCCUCUUGGAGUAUGAUGUAUCUGCCGAUGGAUCUCAAGGCCAGGGCGCGCAGGACACCCCGACCAAAGAGCAGGCCAUGGCUGCGCAACGGAAGAAGUUUUACACCAACUCGAGCCUCGACCAGAGACCGAACGGCCAAUCCGCCGCCAAUGGCACCUUCUUCUCCAGCAUCUCCCCGACCACUAGCGUGGCCUUGGCUGCCAUGAACAAGGCUGCGAGACUCAACUCGCCUGCGCCGAGAAAUACAAGCACGCCUCGACCGUCGAAUAUGCGCCAGUCGCUACGAGAGCCCUCGAAUAGCCAGCAAAGUGCGGCAUCCGAUGUGGACCACAAACUGGACUACUCUGGCUUCAACAAUUCACAGACCAACGGCGAACCGCCCCGGAAACGAAUGCGACCUGACAGUCAAAACCAAGACAUGGGCCCUCCCAAUCUCCCACAUGAUGUAUCCAUGCGGUCGACCACGCCGACCGAGCCCAACAUGAGCUUCUACGAGCAGAAGCUCAUGCAGGAGUCUGUGAACGCACAUGGCGAGCCUAUUGCAUUGCCUCCUCUGCCCAGUCCCGCCACGGAACGUGACCAGGAAAAGAUGAACUUGAUCCUCGACCUAUUUGCGGAGCAAGGACGUACGGAUUACGCCUCGCAUCCUGCACUGCUGCAGCUUUCGAACGAUGAUCUCAACAUGCCCCUCGACGCUGCGGCCAAUAACGCCCUGCAUUGGGCGGCAACGCUGGCGAAGGUGCCUCUCCUCAAACUGCUCAUACAAAAGGGCGCGAGCAUAUGGCGAGGUAAUGCAGCGGGACAGUCGCCUCUUAUCAGCGCGGUGCUGGUCAACAAUUCAUGGGAGCUUUCUUGCUUUCCUGACAUACUCGACGUACUCGGGCCCCUGAUCGAGGUUCGCGACCUCCAGGGUCGCACCCUUUUGCAUCACAUUGCUGUCUCAUCAGGUAUCAAAGGACGUGCACCGAGCAGUAAGUACUAUCUGGAGGCGCUUCUGGAGUUUCUUGUGAGGAUUGGCACCAAGUCAGAUACUGCCACGGGGCCUCAGGGAGCAUCGAGCGUCGUAGCACUGGCAGCGGCGCAAGCGACCCACCAACAAACCAAUGGCGAAAGUGCCUCCAGUCAGGACACCGAGAGACCAUCGGAAUUGAGGGGACCAAUCAGCUUGGUGCGCUUCCUGUCCCAGAUUGUCAACGCGCAAGACAAGGCGGGCAAUACCGCCCUCAAUCUGGUUGCGAGAAUCGGGAACCGAAGUAUCAUUCAGCAGCUACUCGAAAUCCACGCGGACCCCGGUAUGCCGAAUCGCAAAGGCAUAUCAGCGAAAGACUUUGGUGUAGGGCUUGGGCCUGGCGAGCAUCCUCGCUUUGCCGCUGGGCCUGCUCCGGCCAGCUCACAGUCCCAUCCACCAUCCUACCCAGGUCUAGCAGCUGCUGACACCGAUGGCGAGCCCUCCUGUGGCGCACCGACGAGCCAGGCGGAGGUUUUGGGGCAGGAAGUCAUUGCUUCUAUGACAUCCAUGCUUACGCAAAAUCUUGCCUCUCACAAAGAGCUUUUGCGUUCGAAGACGGAAGCGAUUGAUCGGCUUAAUGAGCGGAUCCGUGAGCUGAGCGCAAUGCAAAAGUCUGAUUUGGAAAAGCUGCAAGAGCUCAAAGACCGCGUGCGGUUGCGCGCAGAGCGAAGAGCGAAGAUUGCCAAUCUGCGCAGAGAGAUUGAAAAGAAGAAGGCUGCGAACAAGAAGAUGCAAAAUCGCAGAAAGUCACAGACUCCCACAUCCGAAAUCGAUCUCGAACCCGACUGGCUUACAGAUUUGAACGACAAUCUCAACAGCACACGAAUGGAUGCCCAUCAACGAAAACUCAUCACGUCGAGUCUCCCUGCACCACACCUGAUCAGAGCUCGCUUGAACGCGUAUACGAAGUCAAAUGCCAAACUACAAUCGCAAGCAGAUCAAUUGCGGGCCAGGUCCACAGAACUAGAGGGUCUCUAUCGAAAAGUCGUCGCGCUUUGUACAGGUGUCCCCGAAGAAAAACUCGACGAAGCUCUUCCCGCUCUCGUCGCGGCUGUCGAGAGUGAACGAGGCGGUCUCGGCGAAUCCGAUGUUGGUCGGGUGAGAGAGUUUCUACGCAAGACUGAUGGCGGCAGCAGGGAAAUGGAGCAGCAAGAGGAUGGUGUACGACUGAUGAUCAAUCCGACUGUCAGUGCUGCUGCAGAACGAGCACAUCAGGACCGGCUGGCUUCGCAGGCUGCUAUCAGGGCUGCUGCUGCCGCUGGUGCGAGAAGUCGUCAGGCAUGAUCAGUAUGCUGAAUCUUCUUCUUGUUGCUGUCGUUGUCGUUGUCGUUGUCCUUUUUUCUACUCGUAAAGACGAGCAGCAGCGUGGCGUUGGAGGCUUCCUGGGGCUGUUUUGUUUGGACUGCACGUAUAUAAGUGUAUCCUGACGUAUGUGCGUCGUGUUGAAACUCUCUCUUUCUCUCCUUCUCUGUACAGAAUCCAAGGCUGAAGUCAAAUCGUGAUGUGAUCUCAGAAAUUAAACAAUAACAAAAAGAAAAAAGAAGGAAAAAAGUAAAAAGAUAACAACAAC